GUUAGAGUGAGAGAGAGAUAGAGAGAGGGGGGGGGGGGGGGGGGGGGGGGGGGGGGGGGGGGGAGAAGAGUUAAAAAAGUUAAAAAAACGUCUUUCUUUCCAAUGGACCACGGCAUGCUGUGGAAACCUGAUUUCAACAUGCACAAUGGUUUUGCAGGGUGCAUGGGAGGUGAUGGCCCUGGUAAAGGGGAGGUAGCAAGCAAAGGCGCAGGAGGAGGAGGUGGUCAUGGUGGAAUGGGUGGAAUUGCUUAUUUCAACACAAGCGUUGCGCUCGGCGGCAAAAGCUAUGGAAAUGACAAACUUCCUUGUGAAUUCGGAAGUGGAGGUGGAGUAUUGGAAUUGGGAGAAGGAAGCAGCGGAGGUGGUGUUCUUGUGUUCGGUUCGAUGGAGUAUCCACUAGGAGUACUCGAGGUGUCUGGAUCAAUCACAGCUGAUGGAGCUGAUGCUGAGAAGCGCCAUGGAGGUGAACUAAUUGGUGGCAGUGGAGGUGGAGCCGGAGGGAGCGUGCUGUUGUUUCUUAGGAGUUUGAAGAUGGAGAACACCUCCAUAAUUUCGAGUGCUGGAGGGAAUGGGGCUCCUGUUGGAGGAGCUGGUGGAGGGGGCGGGAGAGUGCAUCUGGAAUGGGUAGAUCUGCUUUGGGGGGAGAAGUACGUUGCACAUUCCAUGGUUGAGACCAACAUCUCUGUGUGGUAAGCCCUUUCGAUCACAUAGGACCUGACUCUUUUUUUUUUUUUUUUUUUUUUUUUUUUGUAAAAUCCCCCUCUGUGUUAGUGGUGCUGGUAAGA